AUCUCCAUCAGUCGGUUGGUUUUCUUUGCUCUUUCUCUCUCUCUCUUUUCUUUCUUUUCUUUUUCUUUCGCUCACAAAUCUGAUUACCCCCAUUUCUCUCUUUUCGCGUGAUAGCCAGAGAUCGCGAAAGAUGUCUUCAGGCCGGAAGAUAACGCUGAAGAGCUCCGACGGCGAGACAUUCGAGGUGGACGAGGCGGUGGCUUUGGAAUCGCAGACGAUCAAGCACAUGAUCGAGGACGAUUGCGCGGACAAUGGGAUUCCUUUGCCCAACGUCACCAGCAAGAUCUUGUCAAAGGUCAUCGAGUACUGCAGGAAGCACGUUGAGGCCCCAAAGCCUGACGAACGUGGCUCUUCCGUCGACGACGAACUCAAGGCCUGGGAUGCUGACUUUGUCAAGGUCGACCAGGCUACCCUUUUCGAUCUUAUCCUGGCUGCAAAUUAUUUGAACAUCAAGAGUUUGCUGGACCUGACCUGCCAGACUGUUGCUGACAUGAUCAAGGGUAAGACUCCUGAAGAGAUCCGCAAGACAUUCAACAUCAAGAACGACUUUACACCAGAGGAAGAGGAGGAGGUUCGCAGGGAAAAUCAAUGGGCUUUUGAGUGAUUGUUUGAAUCUAUCUGUGUUUAAUGUCUUUUCUUAUGUUGAGGUCAUGGAAUAUCGUUUCUGUUUAAUAUUUGGUAGUCUCUUUAGUCAGUUAAGUACUUCUCUCUCGUUGUAUUGGAUUUCUCAGGGCUUCCAUGGUCCCAUUAUAUCCUUCCCCAUCUUCUUUUAAGUCUCACAAAGUGUGAUGUUAUCCGGAUAUCUUUUAUGAUGUUAAUAUGAUGGUAAAUGAAAACUCUUUAUUUCAAA